ACUUCCGGUUGCGCUGGAGGCGGGCAUAAGAGUCCUGCUAGGACCUAUGGAGGAUUCACUUUGGGUCGGGACACUCUGGCCCAACCAUGGACCGAAGGAAAAAGCCUUUGGACGUCACGGCCUCCUCGUUGGUAGACCUUAAGGCUGAACUCUUUCGAAAACAAGAAGAAUUCAAACAAGAAAAACUUCUAAAAGAUUCUGGAGUUUUGGGAAAACCAAAAACAACCACUAAGAAACCAAGUAUCUGGAACAAACAGAAUGCAGGAGUUUCAAAUCGAGCUGAGAAGGAUGCAGAACAGAAGAUUGAGGAACAGAAAACUUUAGACAAAGCAAGGGAGAAAUUGGAAGAAAAGGCUAAAUUAUAUGAAAAAAUGACUAAAGGAAACUUCAUAGAUGAAGAAGUGGAAGAUAUGUACCUUGUGGAUUUCACACAGAAGAUCAUAGACAAACGCAAAGAAAUGGAGUCAUUUGGUGCCAAUAAAGAUUCUAGAAAGGCAGGAGAAAGAGAUGAUGACGAAGAAAAUCUUUCUGAAAAAGAUAUACCUCUUCCCCAGGACCCCAGUGAAGAAUGGGUGGAUUAUGUGGAUUCUUUAGGGCGGUCCCGGCGCUGCAUGAAAAAGGAUUUGCCACAUCUGCUGGAGAUGGAUAAAAGUCUUCAGGGAAGGCUUUUUGUUAGUCCUGCUAAUGAAAAAACCUUACUAUCUGAAGACAUGAGAAAAGAACUUCAGCGCCAACAAUGGGAAGAAGAAGAACAGGAGGCUUUGAAAAGGCCAAUGGGUCCUAUACAUUAUGAAGAUAUUCGUGAAAAUGAAGCCCGGCAACUUGGUGUUGGAUAUUUUGCUUUUGCCCGAGAUAAAGAGUUGAGAAACAAGCAAAUGAAAACUUUAGAGAUGCUCCGUGAACAGACAACAGACCAGAGAACAAAACGAGAAAAUAUAAAAGAAAAGCGGAAGGCUAUGUUAGAAGCAAGACUUGCCAAACUCCGACAAAAAAAGAUGAAAAAGUCAAAAGAUGAUGGAGCAGAAGAAGAAAAUAAAGAUGGCAGUGUAAUUGGGCCUUUGCCACCAGAACCAGAGUCUGUGCCAGCUCCGCAUAUUGCUGCCCAGCGCAGCAAAGUAGAAGUCAUCGUUCAGGAGAGGAAGGAUACAAGGCCCGGAGUGCCAUACGUCCGAGAGUGGGACCGAGGAAAAGAAUUUUCCUUUGGGUACUGGUCGAAGAGGCAGUCAGAUCUCCGGGCUGAAAGAGAUCCUGAGUUUGCCCCACCAUCGGAUUACUUUGUGGGUCAAAAGAGAACUGGUUCUUCUUUUAGUAGCCAGACAUGGAGCAGACCUGCAGCUGUACAGAGUGACACAGGGCAGCACCCUGGCCAGAGCCAUGACCCCAGCUGUUCACAUAUACCAUCCACUCCUGCCUCCAAUAGCCCACCACAAGCCCCCACUGUCACUUUUGAAACUCUGGAUGAUAUGAUAUCAUAUUAUAAACAAGUGACAUGAACU